AUGCUUCUCAAAGGAUUUUGUGGACUGCGUGUUCUCUUAAAACCGAACAAGUCAAAUUGCAGAACGAAGCAACGUUGUUGUUAUGAUGUACCAGGUCUAAUAUUCGCAGUCGGAGGUCUCACCAAUACGGGUGAUUCAUUGUCAACUGUGGAAAUGUUCGAUCCCACCACAAUGAUGUAUAAAGGUAAGUGGACGUGUGUGGAGCCGAUGAAUUCGAUUCGUUCGCGCGUGGGUGUUGCGGUGAUGAAUCGUCAGUUGUACGCGAUCGGUGGUUUUAAUGGUCACGAUCGCUUGAAGACUGUCGAAGUUUUUGAUCAUGAGAGCAAUAAGUGGCGAGAGGUGUGCCCAUUGACAAACAAACGGUCAGCGCUCGGUGCAGCUGUGGUCAAUGAACGUCUUUACGUAUGCGGUGGCUACGAUGGCAUUUCAUCGUUAUCCUCAGUUGAAGUGUACAAUGCAAACGCCGAUAAGUGGUCGAUGACUACGCACAUGCACAAACAACGUUCCGCAGCUGGAAUCGCGGUUCUUGAUAACUUUAUUUAUGUGAUCGGUGGGCAUGACGGGAUGUCAAUAUUCAAUUCGGUUGAACGUUUCAAUGUGGAAACUGGUGAAUGGCAACUUGUAAAACCAAUGGGAAGUAAACGUUGUCGACUCGGGGCAGCCGCACUGCGUGGAAAAAUCUAUGUUUGUGGAGGUUAUGAUGGAUGUCAGUUUCUGAAAAGUGUCGAAGUGUACGAUCCGGAUGAAGAUCAGUGGUCUCCAUUAUCACCAAUGCAUCUGAAACGAUCACGAGUGUCACUCGUAUCGAACGCUGGCACGUUGUAUGCAAUUGCUGGNGCGGCAAGUAUGAUUGCCCACGAGGGUGGUGUGGGUAUUGGCGUUAUACCGAUAUCACCGGAUAAAUUGUAA